GCUUGUCGGGAAGAGAGGGGUUUCUGGGCUAGAAAGGGUGCAGAAACCUGCAGGAUAAGGAGACGGGGUUCUGGUCGUGGGUGGAAAGAGAGAACGCAUUUAAAGGAGUCAAGGCCCUGUAUAAGGUAGACAUUUAAAGGGGCAGAUGCCCCGCACAAAAGAGACAUUUAAAGGUGCAGAUGCCCAAGAUAGAGCAGAUUCUUGAAGACACCGGCUCGGCAGACAGAAGACAUUUAAAGUGGUUCCCUCGACCCCGGAUCCCCUGUUCCCAGGCUAUGGCCCCCAGUGCCCUGUAGACCUGGCGGGACCCCGGUGCUUACGUCCCCUAAUUGGGGGUCUGGGUGGCUACUGGAGGGCCUUGCGGAAGGGCAGAGAAGGCAGGAGCAUGGCAUCUAGGGCCUCUGAACUUCCCCCGGGGCGCAGCGUGACGGCUGGCAUCAUCAUUGUUGGAGAUGAGAUCCUCAAGGGACACACUCAGGACACCAACACCUACUUUUUGUGCCGGACACUGCGCUCCCUAGGGGUCCAGGUUUGCCGAGUUUCUGUCGUACCUGAUGAGGUAGCCACCAUUGCAGCUGAGGUCACCUCUUUCUCCAGCCGCUUCACCCAUGUCCUCACAGCAGGGGGCAUCGGCCCCACGCACGAUGAUGUGACCUUUGAGGCAGUGGCAAAGGCCUUUGGGGAUGAGCUGAAGCCACACCCUGAGCUGGAAGCAGCCACGAAAGCCCUAGGAGGGGAGGGCUUGGAGAAGCUGUCGCUGGUGCCCUCCUCUGCCCGCCUGCAUUAUGGCACAGAUCCUCGCACUGGCCGCCCCUUCAGAUUCCCACUGGUCUCUGUCCGAAACGUCUACCUCUUCCCGGGCAUUCCGGAGCUGCUGCAGAGAGUGCUGGAGGGGCUGAAGGGACUGUUCCAAAACACAGCUGUUCAGUUCCACUCCAGGGAGCUGUAUGUGGCUGCCGAUGAGGCCUCUAUCGCCCCCAUCCUGGCUGAGGCCCAGACCUACUUUGGGCGUAGGCUUAGCCUGGGUUCCUACCCUGACUGGGGCAGCAACUACUAUCAGGUGAAGCUGACUCUAGACUCGGAGGAAGAAGGGCCUCUGGAGGAAUGCCUGGCCUACCUGACUGCCCAUCUGCCCCAGGGAUCACUGGUCCCCUACAUGCCCGACGCCGUGGAGCAGGCCAGUGAGGCUGUAUACAAACUUGCUGAAUCAGGGUCUUCUCUGGGGAAAAAGGUGGCAAGUGCCCUACAGACCAUUGAGACUGCCCUGGCUCGAUACAGCCUCACCCAGCUUUGUGUGGGCUUCAACGGGGGCAAGGACUGCACCGCCCUCCUGCACCUUUUCCACGCAGCUGUGCAGAGGAAAUUCCCUGAUGUUCCAAAACCCCUCCAGAUCCUGUAUAUCCGCAGCAUCUCCCCUUUCCCUGAGCUGGAGCAGUUUCUACAGGACACCAUCAAGAGAUAUAAUCUGCAAGUGUUGGAGGCGGAGGGCAACAUGAAGCAGGCUCUGGGUGAGCUGCAGGCACAGCACCCCCAGCUGGAGGCUGUGCUGAUGGGCACCCGCCGGACAGACCCCUACUCCUGUAGCCUCUGCCCUUUCAGUCCCACCGACCCAGGCUGGCCUUCAUUCAUGCGCAUCAACCCGCUGCUGGACUGGACCUACAGAGACAUCUGGGACUUUCUGCGUCAGCUCUUUGUCCCAUACUGUAUCCUGUAUGACCGAGGGUACACAUCACUGGGGAGUCAGGAGAACACAGUGCGGAACCCAGCCCUGAAGCGCCUGAGCCCAGGAGGACGGCUCACCUACCAGCCAGCCUACCUACUGGAGAAUGAAGAUGAGGAGCGGAACUCCCGCACGUGACCUCCCACCCCAGUAGGGAGGGAAGGAGACUGUCCUAAGGUGUAACUGUCAAUAAACUGUGCCUCUCACUGUG